AUGGCGUACGCGGGCUACGCCCCGGGACACCGCGUCGUCGAGCGCACGCCGCUCGAGCGCGCGCUCCGCGCGAUCGCGCGCCCGGAGACGCUCGAUCUGCUCGAGCGACUGAGCAAGAACGUCGCGCGCGCGCCGAGCGAGGCCAAGUAUCGAAAGUUGAAGCGCGCGAACGCGACGAUCGGGCGAGAGAUAUUCGACGACGAGCGCGCGAUGCGGGCGAUGAUGACCAUGGGGUGGAUCGCGGAGACGAUCGAGGGGUCGGAGUGCCUGACGCUGCCGAGAGGGACGACGACGACGAUGCGAGAGGUGCGCGCGAUGGACGAGGCGCGGACGGCGCUGCGACGAAGGCUGGAGGAGGAGAUGCGGGCGAAGAUACGAGCGAGAGCGAUGGCGAAUGAUCCGCGGAGAGCGGCGCUGAGGGAGGCGGUGGAGGCGGAUCGAGCGGAACGCGCGGUGAGGGAACCGGUGACGACGGGGUCGCGCGCCGCGGCGCGAGGGACGGGGACGACGGUGACGGCGAAGGAGGUCGGCGCGUCGGGAAGCUCGGGGUGCUGA